GAAGCGGGUCGGUUGGGCGGAUUCUUUUUCCCCGGGGGGACGAAAGCGUGCGCCUUUCGGUUUUCACUCGACACCGGCUCCUUGCCAAAGACUCGUAACACGUCUCCUGACCUACAAUAUCCUGGCUUGAAACUCAAAAAUAAAAGCCCGUCUCCGAGGAAUAAAGCCUGCAUUACCGAAGUUAACUUUCCAAAGCUCUCCUCGCCGUUUUCUUCCUUCCUGCUCAUGUGUAACACGUGUUCCACGCACAGCCUGUUUUUGCAAUUGCUCCCGCUUUAUCACUUUUAUCGAGUUUCACCCAACGCAAAAAAAAAGGGGGGGGGGGUGGUCAGGCCGCUAAAAAGCAAAAGGGAGCGAUGUUUCCACGUCUGAGGACUGCGGGGCCGCAACUAUACCUCCUUGAUGGGAUGCAGCGGCACGGGUGUUUCUACUGCGUAAUCUAUGGUCACGCAAGGCGGUUUUCGAGGCCCGCACCCUCGGCACGGAGGGUCAGCGCUACGUCAGCGUCGUCGUCGACUGCUGCGACGAAGCAUCCCUCUUCGGUGCCCGAAACACCAGCGUGCGAUUGGACUCCCGGCGCCGAUUAUUACUUCAGUGAGGAGGAGGAAAAACGUUUUCUGACGCCCAGCGCCGCUGUGGAAAGCAACGCCGUCGGAAAGACCCCGCGCAGCGUAGGAAGAGGGGGAGGCGAUGCCGGGAACAGCGCUGUUCUGGCGAACAGCACCGACGGCGCAGACGCAGAAGAAGGAAAAACGUCGACGAAAGUGACGAUCAAGGGCAUGCUUCGCACCUUUGUCAUCGACACGGCAGUGCCUCCGCUGCGUCGCGAAGAAGUGGAAAGAUGGCGACUGGAGUCGUACACCUUUAUGAAAGGGAUAGCGGUGCGUCGUCGAGUUGAGCAGCAGCGCGAGGCAAACCUUCUACCCAUGGAUGCUAUGGUUACCUACCUAGGAGACGAUAUGCAUAAGUUGGAUAAGAUGUAUCGUCAGUCCGGUAUGUACACCGCUUCUGAGGUGGCCGAAGCGUUUUUCCCGUACGUCCCGACGUUUCCAGUCGAUAGUCGGGCCGUUAUGCAAGCGUUGCCACAGUCCCUUGUACGCCGGAUAUAUCAGCAGUGGGGCCCCGCCCAGUUUUCGAUCGUCGCGUUUGCUCGCUACCCGAUGUUGUUCAAGUACACGUACAGUCGCUACUCUAGGUCCACCAUCCAGCUGAACUCGAACUACUGGUUUGUGCGUCAGCACCCAAGCUAUGGCAAGGCCGACCACGCGAUGCGCAAGGAGCGUCUCCACAAGCCCACGGGUGUACCAGAUUUGGAUGCCGCCACCUUGCCGUCCGGCUCUCAGACGACUCCGUUGGCGCUGGCGCCGAUGGAGACCGACGGAUCGGGUUCUGUAGCCGGAACCGCGGUUACGCCGAGGUCCGGCUCUGCGGCUGCCGGGCGAUUCGAGGAGCGCAUACCGGUCUUCGUGCAGAUCUUUCACGCACUCGUCCGCCACCUACCGCGCUUUCCGACUCCGCCGUCCGACACUGCAGAUGGUGCGGCUGCGACGUUUGCAGCGACCAAGACUCGUCCAUACGUAAGGAACCGUUAUGCGCCGUUUAACUUGAUGAAGUGGAUCAAUUCUUUUCCGCCAGAGGACGCGAAAUUGCUGUCCAGCGUGCCGGAGCAGACGGUGCUGCGAGUGCUGUGUCAGUACGUCAAUGUCUUUCAGCUCGUAAGUCUAACGGAGAGUGAUCCCAACGUGUUUGUCGAUGGAGCCGUCUUGCGUGUGGCGCGCGAGCAAAGGGCAGCGGCGACAGACUCGGUGGUGCGAGAGAGAUGUAGCACACGAGACGGAGACGAGAUGGACGAGGACGAACACGACGGCGACGUCACGUCCGCAGAGGGUUGGGACAGCGACGACCAGCUGAGCAAACCCGCGGUGGUCGAGGCGAUGCCAACCCAGAUGAUGACGACGAAGACGACAGAUGGGAACCGAUUUGGAACAUCCGCUGUGUCCGCGGCGGAACUGGCCGAACGCUCCGCUCGCUUCCAGCAGGCGAUAAAGGAUGAUUUGAUCGACGUGGAAGGCAUUCUUACAGGGGCACAUACGGAUGCAACGGCCGUGGAAGCAGCGGCAGCGCUACGAUCGCCAGCCGAGGAGAGUGGUGGCCCAGCAGGCGGCGCUCGUGCCGACAACAACACGACCUUCACAGACGACGACAAUCGUCCGUGUUCGUUGGGGGACGACGAAGACGGCGGCGAAGGUGAAGAUGCUCGUUUUGACGCCCGCGGCGAAGAGGAGGAUUCGCGUGGGGCCGGGUUCAGCAACCACAAGCACCGCGGCGCUGAGGGGUAUGAGGGAAGCUCGUUUGCCCCACGCGGAUUUCGAGCGCCGCUGCCGCAAGGCGCGUCUUUGGACGACAUCACCGUAUUUGGGCUACCGUUAGAAGACAUUUACGUUCGCCGCCUCCCACCCGACGUCGCACCGCGCAGCCUCAGCGACUGGGACGAAACGACGAGCCCCGACGCUGAGCUGGCGGCCUUGGCCGCUCGUUUUUUGGCCCCGCCGCCGUCGGUCGCGCGCGGCUGCAGCUACGAGAACUUUUUUUCGAAGGCUGCAUCACAGUACAACCCCGGUGCCCCACCGUUGCGGAUAUGGCGGUGGGUGUCGGUGGAGCGGGUGUACCACGGCUACACUGUCGAGCAGCGACACUACCUGCGCCGCGAGUACAAAGGGCUCGUGAAUUUUCUGCGCUACCACGGCAAGCUCUUCCAGAUGAGUGCUGAUCUGCUGUACGUCAUUGCCCACGACCCCGAGGGCCAGUUGGCGCCUAUCCCUUUCAUGGAGCGUCGCUUCAACACCGGUGAGCGGGUGGUGCUGCCGCGCUCCUUCGACGACAACGAGGAACAGUCGGCGUCGCAGGUCGGUGAAAACGAACGUGUGAUGUUUUCGCGCAACAUCGGAGAAGGACACGUGCCGACGUGCCGACGCCAUCUCCUCGUGCUGGAUCCGAAUAACCCUAUCGUCUUUCCAGAGGUGCUACACGAGGAGAUCGCCAACUUACUGCCCAACUACCCGGUGCGCGUCUCACAGGUCAUGCGACGGCUGCCACCGGUGAUGCGCGCGGCGUUGCCGCACAAAGCGAAUUUUCGUGCCAGUAAGUUUCUGGACUACUUCACCGAGCGCGGGACGGUCAUGCUGCGACGACGGUCGGAUAGCGCGAGACCCAGUACGCUGGCCAGUGCAGCGACACCCAUGAGCGUCGAGGACGCGAUAGCUGAGAUGCUGCAGCUGCCGAUCGGUCCAGAUGGGGUGACUCUACGUGCGCUGCGUUACAUGCACCUCUCCGCCCCUGCGGUGGACACGCUGUGCGACCACUACGGCUCGCUGAGCCGCGCUGUCGAUGCCUAUCCGCAGUACUUUCAAAAAGAAGUGCAGACGAUCGGCAAAAGAGAAACCAGCGUGAUUAAGUUCCGCAAAUAG